AUGACUCAUGCACCGCUCGUGAUCGAGGGAUUAGCGCGUUCCACGUCUACAGUCUCAACGUCAACUACAGACGUCUUGAACCGUUAUACCUACUGCAAGAACCUGCGAGAUACGCUCUAUGGUGAGACAUCGUUAUACGUGGACAAAGAAUUGAAAAAACUGGUGGUGCUCAAGCGUAUUAGCAUCCCCCUCCUGCAACAGCAUGACGAUAAUACGGAUGCUGUAAGUGAAAACCCACUCAGUGAACGUGCCGUGAUCCAGUUGCUAAAAGACCCGUUGAUAGCCUGUGCCCCAGGCCGUGAAUACGUGGUAGAGUACAAACGCGAGGGCUUUUUCACCGCCGGAGACAGUGUCUAUGUCGCCAUGGACUUUUGUGCAGGAGGUGACCUGUAUGACUACGUUACUUCGAAACUUAGUCGACGUGUCUCAGAGCCUGAAGCGUUGUCAUACUUUGCUCAAAUUGCGAAAGGAUUAAGCUUUCUUCACGCUAUUGGAGUAGCCCAUCGAGAUUUAUCACUGGAAAAUGUCUUGUUAAAAGACGGAUGUGUCAAAAUCUGUGACUUUGGUCUGAGUGCCGAUGCUGGUCAUUUCUCUGCUGACAAAGUGGGUAAAUUCUACUACAUGGCACCGGAAGUGACACAAAGAGCUGUGUAUGACCCUAAGAGUGCCGACGUCUGGUCACUUGGAGUGGUUUUGUUCAUUAUGUUGACGGGGUCACCGUUGUUUGUUAAUAAAGACGCCCGUGCACCGACCCUUCGAGUACUUCAUAAGUACGGUGUAGGCAAAAUCCUGGAGCUUUGGGGUAUUAACCAUCGAUUGUCCAAACCCACAAUUAAUUUGCUGGCAAGUAUGUUACAAGUUGAACCUUCACGUCGUUUCAGUGCCGAGGAGGUCGCACAUCACCCAAUUUUACGAGCCAUGAGUAAUUGCAGGACGUUAAAUUUGAGUGUUUUGUCUGCUUAG